GUUAGUUAUAGUCACUGCUAUACAAUAUAAUAUUCUAUCGAGUCUUUGUCUAGAGUUUUGAAUUUCCUGUGUUGUCAUUUUGUUUUUGCGGAUAUUUUUGUGUGGUAAACUGAGCCCUGCCAUUCUGGUUAACGCCAGAUUGGCAGGGACAAGUCCUGAGCGCUUUCACGGUCGGGUUCUGCCAGCAUCCGCCACUGGAGGCUCUCUAGCACCCGUGUAACAUCUCACUUCGCCAUACUCAUCUGGUGGAUCUGAUUCGCUUUGUUCAUCCGUCUCUCAUAUCAUGGAGUUGAAUCGGUUCCUGAAUUCAUCCCGCGGAGAAGACUUCGUCGGCCCUGUUGGCGGGAAGCUCGGUAUUUCUGAACGUUGUGCUCGAUGUGAUCUGGGGCGAGUAUUAACCCCAGGCGCUUCGGCGCAUUUUCGCCAUUCAACCAGUGACCUAGUUGGUGCAGCGUUCGGGGAUUCUGCUGUUUUUGCUUUUGGGAACGGUGAGGUUGGAAACCAUGGAUGUGCGCUCGGGAGCCGCGCUGACUCCGAGACCUGCCGUCGCUUGCAUACGUCAUUUUCGCAUUCCGGAUUCAUGCGGCCUGAGGGUGGGGAGCCUGGAGUUUCUGGAUGUUGUGCUCGAUGUGAUCUGGGGCGAGUAUUAACCCAAAGCGCUUCGGCGCGUUUUCGCCGUUCAACCAGUGACCUAGUUGGUGCAGCGUUCGGGGGCUCUGUGUUUUCUGUUUUCGGGAACGCAUGGAUGUUCAUUCUGGAAGCUGUCGUUUCGCUCACAUUGGACCGUGGAGUGGAUCUCCCGAACCCUCUGGAUGGGUGGAUGGGACGUGGAGGUGUAAAUUCGGAGUCUCUGUGUGUCAUGCCCGAUGGGAUCUGGGGCGAGUAUUACCCCAAAGCGCUUCGGCGCGUUUUCGCCAUUCAACCAGUGAUCUAGUUGGUGUGGCGUGUGGAGAUUCUGAGUUUUAUGCUGAUAUUGUUUUGUCUGACUGUCUUUAUUGUUCGGUAGAUUUACGAAUGUUACACGUUGUCUUUGUCGUGCUAUCAUCGUACUUCACUGUACUUGUACUGUUGCUGAAUUGAGCUAUUGUUUCAUGAUUGGGCCCAUCAGCGAUCCUUUAUACUUUAUUUUUUGUCCUGGACUAGUUGCGUCAGGAAAUCACAACUUGGUAACUGGUUCCUCAUAGGCUCGAACACUGAAGCAGCCGCAGGCGAAGGCUAGAACACGGAACGGGUUUCGGGACCCUAAGGCCUUACUCAAGUUCAUUCUCAAGGCACCGAUUUGCUUGAGAAAUUGUCGAUUACAGUUGGUGUUCCCAGUAAACGCACAGCCUAAACGCAUACCAGUAUGACUCCUCAACUGGAACUGUCAUCUCUGCAACAGCGAUCUCGUAGCGGCGUCGUACCUUUGUCCGAAGUUAAUCAGAAUCAGAUAGCCUCAAAUGCACCAGCCUCUCCCAUCCCCACUCGAUUUCAGCCGUAUCCGGCUCGUCGGGAUCCUGGUAUGCGACAGCUCCUGCAAGCUCAUCUCGGCGCAUCGGGCGCUCAUGCAGCGGUAGAUCUGUCCAUGUCGACUGGCCCGGCAUCCUGCCUGGACAGAGAUCAGGUCGUUCUACCGUGGACAGUCGGUAAAUACGUGUUCACAGAUGUGCUCCUAAACGAGACGGAUUGGUUUGCGGGGAAAGAUACCGAAAAUAACCGGAGAAUUAUCUGCAAGAUCAUGCCCAGUGGAUCAUCUCGCAGUGGGGAUUUAAUGUUAGCGCACACCCUCAUGAGGGAUGUUAGCAGUAUUAAUGGUAUCGUUGAUGUGGUCCGCGUUGCGCUAUCAAGCGCACUCCCAGCAGCCAAAUUAUGCUCGCCCGUGCCCGCCGAUUAUUCGAGCUCUGUGCUCCUGGAUUGCUUUAUCUAUCGUGAUGUUGAUCGGAUGCGUCUUCAGGAUUACAUUCAGUCCAAGGCACACUUGAGUGAACCGGAAGCACGGCAUCUUUUCCGUCAAGUGGUCAAUCUGCUGCUUCAGUGUCACAAUAAGGGUAUUUUCCUUAAGGAUAUGAAACUGCGGCGGGUUUUUGUGGAUCCUAUGCGUGAUAAUACUCAGAUAUUCCUGAUGAGCUUGGACAAUUGUAUGGUGCUUCCCAGUGGUGAUCAAACAGACACAGGGCGUGCCAGCCGAAACACGAAUGUUCUCAAGAAGGAUAUUUGGGCGCUAGGAAUAAUUUUGUUUGCCAUGGUGGCCGGACGGUAUCCGUUCUAUGACACGGAUGUACGACGUUUGAUACAGCGCGUUAAUUCGGCAGAUUUUGGACCAUUACCAAGUAGUUUUUCGUCAGAUCUGAAGAAUUUACUGCGAGUUCUGUUGCAUGUCAAAGCAGCUCGUCGACCAACGUGUGCCAUGAUCCUGGAGCACCAGUGGUUGAAUAUGACGAACGUUAUCGAGAGCGAUCGUGCAGACACAUUAUUAGUGACGUUGCGCAAACGCGCUUCUGGUGGCAGUUGCUGGUCGCUCGUCGCUUUUAUCCAGUCUGUGCUCUGUCUAUCAGAGAUAGAGCGCAGACUGGAUAAAAGCGACGAGCGACAAGCAACUGCCACCAGAAGCGCGCUGCGCAACGUCACGUCGCGUAGCGUGCCUGGAUCAUAGAGAUGCGUUGUAUGUAUUCUUCUAGUUUAUGUUUUCUUCUGACAUUAUUUUUUGUACCAGAGGUACUGCUUUUAAUUUUUUUGCACAGUUUUGUUUUUAAUGUGAUAAUGCACAUUGCACAUUCGUGUUUGUAAGUUUGCCAUCUGCUAACACGGAGUAGCGCUUGUUGCGUUUAAUAUUGGUACCGCUUUGGCUUGGGUUAUAGAUCGUUGGGUGUGGGAGAUUUAUGCAAGUUGGUGUUGUUGGUUUUCGGCCUCAUGUUGCCUUCUUUGUGCAUUGUGAUUAUUAGACUUACCUUUGUGGUUUCUGUACAGUAUUAUGGCGAUGAAAAUGUGCAUAAAAUGUUGAUUUCCGUUGUGUGUCUGCACAAGAUUUGUAAGUUCCUUAACAAAAUGACGUGACA